CGGGCCCUCAGGCGGAGCGGCGGGCGCCGGACCCCCAGGCGGAGCGACAGGUCUCGGGCCCUCAGGCGGAGCGGCGGGCCCCGGACCCCCAGGCGGAGCGACAGGUCUCGGGCCCUCAGGCGGAGCGACAGGUCUCGGGCCCCCAGGCGAAGCGGCGGGCACCGAGUCACCAGGCACGACAGUGGGCUCCGAGUCCACUGGCAUGACAGCGGGCACUUGGUCACCAGGCAUCAGGUCAUUUGGCUUGCCAGCGGGCACCGCGUCAUCUGGCAAGGCAGUGGGCACCGGGUCACCAGGCAUUGGAUCGUCUGGCUCGACAGCGGGCAUCGGGUCACCAGACAUCAGGUCAUUUGGCUCGACAGCGGGCACCGCGUCAUCUGGCAAGGCAGUGGGCUCCGAGUCAACUGGUAU